GCUUCUGCAAGUUAGAUGUGAACUUGGGGUCAACAAAGGAUUUACAAAAGGUAUACAAUACAAUGAUGCAGUUUAUAAUUUUCAUUAAAAAUUAAUUAUCUGAAAUUAUCAAUUUCUAAUAAUGAUUUGCCUGAGUUUGCCUUAUGUUGAAAUGUUCAGAAUAUGAUUGCAUGGGCGGUAGGAAACCAUUUGAUUAGUAGGGUGCUAUGCAUAACAAAGCAGUUUGGGCCAGUCUUGUGCAAACUGGAAUGGUGAUGGAGACCCAGUUCACUUCAAAUUAGUAAGUAAGCUAUAGAAAACCACCUGUGGGAACAUUCACAAACAGACUUAUGAUUAAAACAUAAUACAUUCUGACAAAAUAAAAAGGAUUAAUUAGACAAUAUAUAUUUAAUGACGUCCACGCAAAUCUGCGAUUGAAAACUACAGUACCCAGCCGGCAUCAUCGUUGGACGUGAUGAAAACAGGAAGUCAACGACUAGGAAUGUUGCUGAAUGAAUCAGACGAGGGAGAGCGAGGAAAGAAAUAGCAGCCUAAUGUUAACGUUGAAUCGUUUCAUUUUUCUGUGGCUAGAUGGAUGACAUCCAAGACCUAAGCAAUCUUUUAAAAUAAUAGCGCUCGAGGCUUUACAUCCUCGGUUUUCUCCCAGGUUGUUGGUAAACCUAUGAUGGAACGGGCGAUGGAGCAGCUUAACGUACAGCUAAACAGGCUGACCCGUUCCCUGCGCCGCGCUAGGACCGUCGAGCUGCCGGAAGACAAUGAAACAGCUGUCUACACACUCAUGCCAAUGGUUAUGGCUGACCAGCACAGGUCAGUGUCUGAAUUACUUCUUAACUCUAAGUUUGAUGUGAACUACGCUUUUGGACGAGUCAAGAGAAGUCUUCUUCAUAUUGCUGCCAAUUGUGGAUCAGUGGAGUGCCUGGUCUUGCUGCUUAAGAGAGGAGCCAACCCUAACUACCAGGACAUUUCAGGGUGCACCCCUCUUCACCUGGCUGCCAGGAAUGGUCAAAAGAAGUGUAUGGGGAGACUACUAGAAUACAAUGCAGAUGUGAACAUCUGCAACAACGAGGGACUUACAGCUAUCCACUGGUUGGCUGUCAAUGGACGGACUGAGCUCCUUCAUGACCUGGUGCAGCAUGUGACUAAUGUGGAUGUAGAGGACGCCAUGGGACAGACUGCUCUUCAUGUAGCCUGUCAGAAUGGACACAAAACUACAGUGCAGUGCCUGCUGGAUAGUGGAGCUGACAUCAACAGACCUAAUGUCUCUGGAGCUACACCCCUGUACUUUGCCUGCAGUCACGGUCAAAGAGACACAGCACAGAUCCUUCUCUCUCGAGGUGCCAAGUAUUUACCUGACAAGAAUGGAAUCACUCCUUUAGAUCUGUGUGUACAGGGUGGGUAUGGGGAGACGUGUGAGAUUCUCAUCCAGCACCAUGGCAGACUAUUCCAGACACUCAUCCAGAUGACUCAGAAUUAUGACAUCAAAGAGAACAUGCUCAGGCAGGUUUUAGAGCAUGUCUCUCAGCAGAGUGACAGUCAUUACCAGAGGAUCCUGACCAGUCUAGCAGAGGUUGCCACCACAAAUGGACACAAACUCCUCAGUCUGUCUAGCAGUUACGAGGCUCAGAUGAAGAGUCUGCUGAGAAUCAUCCGGAUCUUUUGCCAUGUAUUCCGCCUUGGCCCUUCUUCUCCCAACAAUGGCAAUGACAUGGGGUACAACGGGAACAAAACACAGCGCAGCCAAGUCUUUAAGCACCUACCCCUCUUUUCUUUCCUUGUCCUAUUCUUCUUCCUUUUUCUUGUCCCCAUUUCCUCUCCUUCUCUUUAUCUAUAUGUAUGUCUCUCUUUUUUGCUCGCGGCCUCAAUCCCUACAUUUCUCCCCUCUCUCUCUCCUCUCUGUCCUUCACUCACUCUUUCUCCUUCACUCACUCAGUCUCUUUCCCUGCCUCCCCGUCUCCUCUCUCUCUCUUAUUUCCUCCAGCCGUUGGAGUUGCUCUGGCACUCUCUAGAUGAGUGGUUGGUGUUGAUCUCUACAGAGCUGGAGAAGAGCCAUGAAGACCCCUCCAACUCUUCCUCUUCAGGGAGCGAGAUCGCCUCCUUCCUCUUCAGACAAAGAGGCGAGGUCGACCCCGUCUCCACCUCCAACCCUGCUGUCUCCACGGUGGUGCCCUCACGGCCCUCACCCAUGCCUCUCCCACCUUCUUUAAACCCAAAGGUUCACAAAGGUUCCUCAGAGGUUGUCUUGGAAACCCCAGAGGUAUAUGCAGAUGGAGAGGAUGUCAUCUCUAUGACGGCCAACCGGCUCAGUGCGGUGAUCCAGGCAUUCUACAUGUGCUGCUCGUGCCAGAUGCCGCAGGGAAUGACAUCUCCUCGUUUCAUAGAGUUUGUCUGCAAGCAUGACGAGGUGCUGAAAUGUUUUGUAACCAGAAAUCCAAAGAUAAUCUUUAAUCAUUUCCACUUCCUGUUGGAAUGUCCGGAGCUCAUGUCCCGCUUCAUGCACAUCAUCAAAGGCCAGCCCUUUAAGGAACGUUGUGAGUGGUUCUAUGAGCACCUACUGGCAGGACAACCAGACUCCGACAUGGUCCAUCGACCUGUCAAUGAGAAUGACAUCCUUCUCAUCCACAGAGAGUCCAUAUUCAGGAGUAGCUGUGAGAUGGUCUCUAAAUCAACAAAUGAGAAGCUCAAACAAGGCAUUGCUGUACGAUUUCAUGGAGAAGAAGGAAUGGGCCAGGGUGUAGUAAGGGAGUGGUUUGAUGUCCUUUCUAAUGAGAUCAUCAAUGCAGACUAUGGCCUCUUCACUCAGUCAGCUGAUGGUACGACAUUCCAGCCCAACAGUAACUCAUCAGUAAACCCUGACCAUCUCAACUACUUCCAGUUUACGGGUCAGAUCCUAGGUUUGGCUCUGUACCACAGACAGCUGGUUAACAUCUACUUCACCCGGUCCUUCUACAAACACAUACUGGGCAUCCCGGUGAACUACCAGGAUGUGUCGUCCAUUGAUCCAGAGUAUGCCAAGAACCUGCAGUGGAUCCUUGACAACGACAUCAGCGACCUGGGGCUGGAGCUAACUUUCUCAGUGGAAACCGAUGUGUUUGGUGCCAUGGAGGAGGUGCCACUCAAACCUGCCGGGACAAGCAUUAUCGUCACCCAGGACAACAAGGCAGAGUAUGUCCAGUUGGUAACAGAGUUGAGGAUGACUCGAGCCAUCCAACCGCAAAUAAAUGCCUUCCUGCACGGGUUCCACACCUUCAUCCCACCUUCCCUCAUUCAGCUCUUUGACGAAUAUGAAUUGGAGCUGUUGCUGUCUGGGAUGCCAGAGAUCGAUGUGCAGGACUGGCACAGAAACACAGAAUACACCAGUGGCUAUGACCUGGAGGAACCUGUCAUUCAGUGGUUCUGGAAGGUGGUGGAAAGCCUUACCCAAGAGGAGAGGGUUCUACUGUUGCAAUUUGUCACUGGGAGCUCUAGGGUGCCUCAUGGUGGAUUUGCCUUUCUGAUGGGAGGUAGUGGCUUACAGAAGUUCACAAUUGCUUCUGUGCCAUAUACACUAAAUCUACUGCCUACCUCCAGCACCUGCAUCAACAUGUUGAAGCUCCCAGAAUACCCCAGCCAAGAGAUCCUGCGGGAUCGACUCCUGGUUGCACUGCAUUGUGGGAGCUAUGGGUACACCAUGGCAUGACAUUGGCUGCUGAUGCUGCUUGUAAGCAGAACUCCUCGGGUCCUUGUGCACAAGUGUUUCUGUGUGCAUUUGUAUGUGUGCUCGUACACUUACAUGUGCGUGCAUGUGGGUCUGCAUGGACAAGAAUCCGCAUAGAAAAUCCAUGCAACACACUCAAAUUCCCACCUCUCUUACCUAUUGAUGUGACAUUUAAUUUUUUCUGGGUACAUUUCAUUUUACAGACAGCGCUAGAUAUGUUUUUUUUUUUUUAUAAGAUAAACAAGCAUGGAGUUAGUGCAACCCAGUUGAAAGCAAUGUAAAUUUGAUACACCUUAUUCCUCUCUGAACUGCCAAACAUGUUACCAUGGUCACAACAACUCUACCCAGACUUUUUAUCUAAAGGCUGUCCAUGUGGCGUCAUUUCUUCCACAUAAAGCUGGUCGGCAGUGCUAUGAAUUAGUAUGCGGAUGGGGGGGGUUUCUUCUCCACAUCUUUCUCUACAUGGCAAUAUGGAAUAAUGUGUUUUGUUUGUUUUUCAGAAAUGAGGGAGCAAGGGUACUUAACCAUUUUGUUAUGGGAGCAAAAACUUUGAAAAAGGUUUGUCCAUCUGUAGGACAGACAUUUUGUACAUGGGAUUACUUUCCCUGAAACCGGUAUGUAAAAAUAUUCCACAAACACCGUAAUCAUUUUUUUAAACAUUUGUAUGUGGCCGAGGCUGGUCUAGGCAGUUGGUGCACAUGAACUGCUGCAGCAUGGGUUCCAUUUCAGUUCACUGCUUUUGGCAAAGUAUCAUUUCCAAUGAGUCUGUGAAAUAAAGCAUGAAAAUGCCCAAAACGAUAUAAUUUCAACUGUUUUAUAAUAUAAACAUUUAGCUAAUACACAUUUAAAGAUUUUGGGGCAAUUUUGUGAAUCAACAGUAAUUUUGUGGAUUUACUUGAUAAAGGAAAAAAAAUAUGAAAUCCAAGUCAUAACACAGAUGAUCAACAUCAAACUAAUUAAUUCCUACUUUUCUGUGUAUAACAUAGCAUCAUAUUCUGUGUUUAUUUACAUGAAAGACAAAUGUAAUGCAUCGCAUAUCUCAGUUGGCCAACCUGAAAAAGUUUGUGCCUGCUUUUUUUUACGCAAAUCAAAAUUUUCUAUGCAUUCCAUAUCUCAUUUAACCUGCUUUUGUGAAUAUGUCUGAAGAGAGUCAGAACAGCACGUGUUUGGGGAGAUUAAACUAAUAAAAUAUAUUUUCAAAAAUAUCUUUCAGUUUAUCAAAAAACCCUGUACUGUACCCAUGCAACAAAAUUUGGAUUUUUUUGUGACUGAAGUCAGUGAAGGAAAUAUCUUCUCUAAUUUGUAAAACCAGAAUAUUUUGAAAGCAGUUUUUUUUUCAGUUAAAUGUUUAACCCCUUCCUUAUAUUUUCAAAUGAAGUCUAUUAAUUUAUAAAUGUCACUCAAAAACAAAAAACUGCUACCAAUUUUCGCAUAAACCUUUCUCACCAGAUAUGUGUUGGCUUUAUUUUGGCAGCAGUAGCGGAGAAAAGCUAUUACCAGUAAAUCAUUAGGUAAAAGUAGAUUAUGCUUAGCAAAAUAUUAAACAAACAAUUCUGCUAGUUAGAUGUUGAGUGCAUAACAUUCAUGGUAGCCAUUGCAGCAUCCAGGUUUUUUUUUUUAAAGUCACAGCUGAGUUUAGCGGACAGCAUGGUCUGGUUUAGGCCAUUCAGGCAGUGGAAUGCAGUCCAAAAAUCUCAUCUGUGGUGAUAGUCAGGCAGAUCGGAUCUAUCACCACACUCUUACUAGCUGUAAAUGGUAUGUUGGGUGAUGUUGAUUCACAACACUUAUUGGGAAGGAGAUUCUCACACUGGAGAACAUUGAACAUGGUAUUUUUAAACUAUAUUGUGGCUUACGAAAGUUGCGUAACUUUGUGAGAUUCUGCAGUUUAAUGUCCAUCUGUAGUGUUGGAGUAUGUUAGUCUGUCAUGUCUAUUUCUCUGGUGGUAGUGAUCUGUCGUAGUCAUUCCUUUGUACGGUAUUUGACAGUCCAUAUCUCUCAUAAUGUGCACUUAUUUGCACUAUAAAGGAAUGUAGUUCCAUUUGGGAAGCAAUCUCUCUAUACCCGUGUGUAUACCUCCCUGCUCAGUCAAUUUAAUGCUGAAAAGAGGCAAUACAGUAUCUAAAACAAAGUGACAAAGGUUUGGUCACCAGUGCCAAAAAGUCUGCACUUUUAUUUAUUUUCCUACACAAACAUGCUGGAUUUUUUUAACAGAAUCUCAUCAUGACUUGCAUUAUCAUGAAUGUAGGUAACAAAUGUUUUAUUCUUGAUUUAAGUGACUACUUAUGUAAAAUGAUCUGGUAAUGUAAAUACUUGUUUAUAUUCCUAUAAUUUAUCAGUAUUGUUUUGAAUGUAUCACUUAUUUUGCAUUUGUAAUCAGAUUAUGUUGAUGUUUAUUGUAUACAGAGCCUUUAUAGAUAUUUCUGCAAAUGACUCAAAACAUUAAAAUAUGUAUUUUACCAGAAAUAUAAUACAUUGUUUAAACAUUGAAAUUUACACACACGUGUACACAAGUUUUUUUUUAUCCUUGUGUUGUGGGGACCCUAACCUGGGAAAUCCAUGUUAAAAAUCUCGUAUUCUCUAAACCUAUUCCAUAAUACUAAAUCCUAAAAGUUUCCUGGUGGGGACCAACCACAAAAAUGUAUAGGGACAGAUUUGUAAGGUUUUAUUCUCUUUGUGGGGACAUCUGUUCCCCCACAUGUACAUACAGAAUUGGAUCACACUUGCAUUUGCAUACAAACUGAUAGAGACUGUGGGAGAGAAGUGAGCAUUUUGAUAGUUUUUGCGAUUGAGCGCAUGCGGGUAAGGGUUUUGCGUACGGGUUAAAAUGCAUUUGUAUUUGAAUAUCUGCAAUGUGAAAAAAAAAUUAUAUUGAUGCACCGAUACAUUGACCAUAAAUUUUACCAAUUAUUUCAGAAUGAUUGUUUUCCUAUUACUAGGCCUUCAGUAUUGUAUACUUUAAAAAAUGUUUGCAUCACGUGUGUCAUAUUGAUAUU